CUAAGCAAAGUGGGAGGAAGACGUCGGCGGGCGCGCGCGCUCCCGGGUGCGCGGGGAGAGGGGCGCGCGCCAUGGAACAGCGGUUAGCGGACUUCCGCGCCGCCCGAAAACGGGCCGGGCUGACAGCCGGACCCAACACCUCAAACCAGAGCUCACAAACCUCGGGAGAGAAGGCGGAAGCAUCCCCGGGCUGGCUAAAGCGGUUCCUGGUGUGGAAAGCGAGGCCCGCGAGCUCGCGGGCCCAACCUAGCCACGCUCAGGAAGCAGCUCAGCCUGGAGGCAGCACAUCACAGCCACCACAGAAUAUAGCCAUUCCUCUGCCACCUCGCCACGACCGGUCUUUCCUGAUCAAUAUCACUGUCUUGAAGGUUCUUCUCUGGUUGGUCCUACUGGGACUAUUUGUGGAACUGGAAUUUGGCCUGGCUUAUUUUAUCCUGUCCUUGUUCUAUUGGAUGUAUGUCGGGACCCGAAGCCCUGAAGAGAAGAAGGCAGGAGAGAAGAGUGCCUACUCCGUGUUCAACCCGGGCUGCGAAGCCAUCCAGGGCACCCUGACUGCAGAGCAGCUUGAGCGGGAGUUACAGUUAAGACCCCUGGAGGGGAGAUAGCACCUCACUCCGCUGUCGGGCAGCUAACCUCAGCACGGUCCUCUUAGCCCUCAGGCCUAGACUUGACUUCCUGUGCACAAGACUCAGGACGGCUCGCGGGUUAGCUCUGUGACCGCGCAGUUCUGCAUUCUUUCCCUGAUCUGCUGCUGCAGUUUUAUCUUUGGACUUCUCUUGGGUUUUAUUGAAACCCCUUGAGAGACACUCACUGUCUGAUGCAAUUUGUAAAAAUUACAUACUUGAGAAAGGGCCUUGUUUGUCUCAUUUGAGAGAAAUGAUUUUAGAUCACUAAACAGGUAUUGUGGAAAUUAUCUGCUAAAAAUAUCCAGCUAUGUGAUAUAAUGGUUAGGUACAUGAUGAUAAGGGCCAUACAUUAAAGUAAAGCUCUCUUCGUCUUUUAAUAUUUAUUUAAAAAUAUUUACCAUCAAGUCAACUCUGACCUGUGGUGACCUCGUGUGUGUCAGAGUAGAAUUGUGCUAGAUGGGGUUUUCAGAGGCUGAUUUUUUGGAAGCAGGUCACCAGGCCUUUCUUCUGAGGCACCUCGGUGAACUUGAACCUUCAGCCUUUGGGUUAACAGCCAAGUGCGUUGACCAUUUGCACCUUCCAGGGACUCUUAAUAUUUAUAGCAUUUUUUUCCCCUGAAAAGUUUUAAGUUGCCAGGGUUUUUGUUUUUUAUUUGUUUUGCUUCCUGCUUUAAUUCUUGCUGUUCAUUCAUUAAGGAAACCCUGAUGGUGUAGUGGUUAAGCGCUACCGCUGCUAACCAGGCUGUCGGCAGUUUGAAUCCACCAGCAGCUCCUUGGAAACUCUAUGGAGCAGUUCUACUCUGUCCUAUAGGGUCGCUCUGAGUCGGAGUCAACUUGGUGGCAGUGGGUUUUUUGGUUUUUUAUUCGUUAAUGAUAUCGAAAAAUAGAAUAUCGUUAGAGCAUGUACUUUUCAGAAACAGGUGCCCACCACCCAUCACCAGCUCUGCUCUCGUGUUAUUCUGCCCCCACUCAAUAAAGGAAGAGAAGAAGAAGCAAAGUCCUACGUGACAGGUGUGGGGAGAGAUUUCAAAUAGUCAAUAUUGGCAGAUUUGAUAAGUAGUUAUUAAUGAUAAAUUCAGCAAGAAAAAAAAAAAAAAACCUUGAG